UGCCAUGUCAACAUGUUACAUGUAAUCUCACAUCUCACUCUCAAAAUCUCAAAUCCUAGCUACCUUAUCUUUUGUACUGUUCCAACGUUGGACUUCUAAUUUUUUUUUUUUCACCACCCCCCAGAUCCUGCCUCACUCUUCUUCCUUCCUAGGAUGCUGCUCAUGGCCUCUACCCUCCCUUUCCCAACACUUUCCAUUCUUCCUCACAAGGCACACUGCAAAUCAACACCAAAACUUCAUCCACUUCCUCACAUCUCUUCAAGAUUGAAUGUUGUUUCAAAAGAUCCUCCCAUAUUAUUAGAUCAAUCUUGCAAUGUUCUAAAAAAUGCCUCUCUUUCCCUCACAUCAAUCACACUCCCCUUUUUAUUGGAACAAAAGGAUGUGGCACUUGCUGUUGAAGGGGAAUUUGGGAUAUUGGAAGGAAGAACAUUUGCUCUCAUACACCCCAUUGUGAUGGCUUCUUUGUUCUUGUACACCUUGUGGGCAGGAUAUUUGGGGUGGCAGUGGAGGAGAGUGAGGACUAUUCAGAAUGAGAUUAAUGAGUUAAAGAAACAAGUGAAGCCUACCCCAGUCACCCCAGAAGAAGUGCCACCACCAUCAGAAAUUGAGCUCAAAAUUCAGCAACUUACUGAGGAGAGGAAAGAGCUGCUAAAAGGGUCUUACAAGGAUAGGCAUUAUAAUGCAGGAUCCAUACUUCUAGGAUUUGGGGUGCUUGAGGCUGUUGGUGGAGGAUUGAACACUUGGAUUAGGACAGGGAAGCUAUUCCCAGGCCCACAUUUGUUUGGAGGAGCAGCUAUUGCAGUGUUGUGGGCACUUUCAGCAGCAUUGGUACCAUCAAUGCAGAGAGGGAGUGAAACAGCAAGAAGUCUUCACAUUGCUUUGAAUACAUUAAACGUGCUGCUAUUUGUGUCACAGCUUCCCACUGGAUUUGACAUUUUAUUGAAAGUGUUUGAGUUCACAAACUGGCCUUGAAUGAUGUUUCCCUUAGAUGUACUCCAAUUUGCAACACCAAAAUCACCCCAAUUUCAUAGUUUAAGAUCACACUUUUUCUUUUUCUUGAAUAAGGUGUAGAAGUGUGUUUAAUUAAAAGUGAAGGAGACGAAUAUAAAUGUCAUUGUAAUUAAUUGGGUAGUUGUAGAGUAGUGAAAUCAGAUUCCAAAAGUAACUUCGGGAUUUAUGGCAAUGUAAAUCGUUUUUAUUUUCCUCGGUGACAUGACAGUGGACCCAUCAGCCAAUGUUGUCUAUCUUAA